ACGGCCAAUUACCUGGAUUUGGAGGUUAUCUGGCAGCUAUUCAAAAAACAAAAAACAAAACAAAAGACAGACCUCUCUUCACAUCGUAGGUCACGUCUCCUUUAUAGCUUCGAUAUACACUGCAGUUCUUGUUGUCCGGGAUCGCCCGCCGCAUGAGUGCAUCUCCGGACAGAAAUUCGAGGAGCCUCUCAAAGUGAAGACAAAAGAUAUAUCAAUAUAAUAGAUGAUCACGGCGAAUAAUAGGGAAAACAAGGGAAAAGAUAAAUGAACAUUUUCCAACGAUAUUCCCAAUCUUGCUGCAAACACAGCAAACACAGACUAUACAAGACGAUGAACUUCAGGUCUGCGGGUGAGAAAAGAGCAUCAGACAUCCUUAAAACUUCUCUUUUUUAUCGUUUCGUUUGACAUUGUAAAUAUAUAUAAACCCUUAUUCUGCAGAGAUUAGAGGGCCAUCUGCAGCAAGGGAACAAAAAACAAAUGUCUUCACAACAAAGAACACGAACAUUCCUCCGCCUGUUUCGCGUCCCAUUAUCAUCAUCACCAUCAUCAUGCCUCAAGUCCUCCCCCCGUCGGCACUUUACAACACCACCACCUCCCUCAUCGACUGCUAAGAACCCUCAAUCUCGUCUCCGUCAACUCAAUGAUCGCCUUCCGUCGUUCCUUCGCGCCUACACCACCCCCUUGCUCGGUGCGCCGGCCACUCACAUUACCUCCUUCCUCCUCCUGCAUGAAAUAACUGCAAUUGUCCCGCUCUUUGGACUCGUGGCGGCGUUUCACUACGGCAACUGGCUUCCAGAUUUAACCGCUAAGAGCGCAUUCAAAGAUGGGACUGAGCGGGUUGGACGGUGGUUGCGGAAGAAGGGCUGGGUGGAUGAGGUGGAGGCUGGGGAAGUUGUGACGGGCACGAACACAGACACGGACACAGAGAAGACAAAAGGAGUGCGUCUAGUACUAGAAUUUGCGACGGCCUAUGCAGUGACAAAGGCGCUUCUUCCGCUCCGGAUUGCGACGAGUGUAUGGGCGACCCCGUGGUUUGCCAGAGUCAUCCUCGCGCCAAUCGGCCGCGGAGCGAGGAGGCUAUUGAAGAAAUCGAACAAUUGAGGCCUUUUCUCCCGGACAGAGAAUUUCUACAAUCAAAUCUAGGAUGAACUGGAA